CCUUCUAUAAAAAACCCUCCAUUUUGUACAACUCCUUCAAGCUCCGUUCUAUUUACUAGAUGGGAUGUUGCCCGAUUCAUAAAUUUUUGAAUAAAUCCCGUAGGUCUUCAGAUUUACUCGGUUUAGUAAAGCAACUAUACUCCAAUAAAAAAUUAAUUUAAGAAAUUUUACUCGGUUUAGUUUGGGGUUUUUUGUUUGUUUUGUUUGUGGGGUUUUUUUUGUUUGUUUUUGGCCGCAUCACGCUGGCAUGUGGAAUCUUAGUUCCCCAACCAGGGAUGGAACCCACGCCCCCUGCAGUGGAAGCGCGGAGGCUUAACCACUGGACCGCCAAGGAACCCCCUAAUUUUGUUUUUUAACAAUACGUCUUGAGUAAAGACACCUGGUUCUUCCCACCUAACUUGUUGGAUAUCCUUUUCUCCCUCUAAAUAAUCACUUUAAUACCUAAAGUCUGCCAAAACUGUAUAAGCGCUAGAGCCCGCACAACUCUGCCUAGCCCCUGGGGAACACUAACGGGUCUCUCCUCUCCUGCUCCACACCCUUCUCUCGCUCCCCAGUGUUCUCAAGAGCCAAAUUGAGCGUUGUCUAUAGAGAACUCCAUUUCCCAUCGCCCUCUUCGCUAGACACCUACAUUUCCCAUCAUGCACGACACGCCUACUCCUUCGAUUGUUCCGGGCUCCGCCCUCCUUGCCCUGUAGGCCUGACUCUAGCCUAACGUCACCGGCCUCCAAUCCUCCCCUCUUACCCGCCAGCUUGUCCGGGCCUCCGUGAGGGGGCGUGGCGUCUGCGCGAUCGUGACGCCCAUUGGCUGUCGUGUGGCCGGUGAGGCGUGGCUACGGGAGCCGGGCGGGCACAUUUCGAACCGUGGCUGGGGCUGCGGUGGCGGUGGCGGCAGCGAGAGAUGCACCCGGCAGGCUUGGCGGCUGCGGGGACGCCCCGGCAGCGUAAGUGGCCCUCGAAGCGGAGGGUACCUGUGUCCCAGCCAGGCAUGGCUGACCCCCACCAGCUUUUUGAUGACACGAGUUCAGCCCAGAGCCGAGGCUACGGGGCCCAGCGGGCGCCUGGCGGCCUGGGCUACCCUACAGCCUCCGCCUCGCCCCAGACGGCCUUCCUGGGUGAUCCUGUGUCCAACAUGGCCAUGGCCUACGGGAGCAGCCUAGCCGCGCAGGGCAAGGAGCUGGUGGAUAAGAACAUCGACCGUUUCAUCCCCGUCACCAAGCUCAAGUAUUACUUCGCCGUGGACACCAUGUAUGUGGGCAAAAAGCUGGGUCUGCUCUUCUUCCCCUACCUGCACCAGGACUGGGAGGUGCAGUACCAGCAGGACACACCAGUGGCCCCGCGCUUUGAUGUCAACGCUCCUGACCUCUACAUUCCAGCCAUGGCUUUCAUCACCUACGUCUUGGUGGCUGGCCUGGCGCUGGGGACCCAGGAUAGGUUCUCCCCAGACCUCCUGGGGCUGCAGGCGAGCUCGGCGUUGGCCUGGCUGACACUGGAGGUGCUGGCCAUCCUGCUCAGCCUCUACCUUGUCACUGUCAACACAGACCUCACCACUAUCGACCUGGUGGCCUUCUUGGGCUACAAAUAUGUUGGGAUGAUUGGCGGGGUCCUAAUGGGCCUGCUCUUUGGAAAGAUUGGCUACUACGUGGUGCUGGGCUGGUGCUGUGUGUCCAUCUUUGUGUUCAUGAUCCGGACGCUGCGGCUGAAGAUCCUGGCCGAGGCGGCGGCCGAGGGCAUCCCGGUGCGUGGGGCGCGGAACCAGCUGCGCAUGUACCUGACCAUGGCCGUGGCGGCGGCGCAGCCCCUGCUAAUGUACUGGCUCACCUUCCACCUGGUGCGGUGAGGGCGGCCCCGCGACGCCUCCAGCUGCUGCUUCCGGUGGCCACCGCGCUGCCGCCGCUCAUCUCCCGGCUACCUGCCGGCCACAGGGCCCGCCCCGCUGCCCGAGUCCCUCCCUCCCCAUCCUCGCCCGAGGUGCUGAGAUCUCCAGCUGCACAGGCCGCCCCCCAGCAGUGCGGCCACUGUUCCAGAAACAAUAAACCGUGAAGGGCACGGCG